UGAGUGGUGCAGUGAGGGACAAACAAAAGGAGGCGCCGGAGCGGCGCUGCGGCCGGCGGCGGGACGGAGCGGCCGGGGCCUGGGGCUGCCUGCCGGGCGGCCGGGCGCGGCGAGCCCAGGUUGAACCAUGAUUCCGGUGACAGAGCUCCGCUACUUUGCGGACACGCAGCCAGCAUACCGGAUCCUGAAGCCGUGGUGGGAUGUGUUCACAGACUACAUCUCUAUCGUCAUGCUGAUGAUUGCUGUCUUCGGGGGGACGCUGCAGGUCACUCAAGACAAGAUGAUCUGCCUGCCUUGUAAGUGGGUCACCAAGGACUCCUGCAAUGACUCGUUCCGGGGCUGGGCAGCCCCUGGCCCGGAGCCCACCUACCCCAACUCCACCAUUCUGCCGACCCCUGACACGGGCCCCACAGGCAUCAAGUAUGACCUGGACCGGCACCAGUACAACUACGUGGACGCCGUGUGCUAUGAGAACCGGCUGCACUGGUUUGCCAAGUACUUCCCCUACCUGGUGCUUCUGCACACGCUCAUCUUCCUGGCCUGCAGCAACUUCUGGUUCAAAUUCCCGCGCACCAGCUCGAAGCUGGAGCACUUUGUGUCUAUCCUGCUGAAGUGCUUCGACUCGCCCUGGACCACGAGGGCCCUGUCGGAGACAGUGGUGGAGGAGAGCGACCCCAAGCCGGCCUUCAGCAAGAUGAAUGGGUCCAUGGACAAGAAGUCAUCAACCGUCAGUGAGGACGUGGAGGCCACCGUGCCCAUGCUGCAGCGGACCAAGUCACGGAUCGAGCAGGGUAUCGUGGACCGCUCAGAGACGGGCGUGCUGGACAAGAAGGAGGGGGAGCAGGCCAAGGCGCUGUUUGAGAAGGUGAAGAAGUUCCGGACCCAUGUGGAGGAGGGGGACAUUGUGUACCGCCUCUACAUGCGGCAGACCAUCAUCAAGGUGAUCAAGUUCAUCCUCAUCAUCUGCUACACCGUCUACUACGUGCACAACAUCAAGUUCGACGUGGACUGCACUGUGGACAUUGAGAGCCUGACGGGCUACCGCACCUACCGCUGUGCCCACCCCCUGGCCACACUCUUCAAGAUCCUGGCGUCCUUCUACAUCAGCCUAGUCAUCUUCUAUGGCCUCAUCUGCAUGUACACACUGUGGUGGAUGCUACGGCGCUCCCUCAAGAAGUACUCGUUUGAGUCAAUCCGUGAGGAGAGCAGCUACAGCGACAUCCCCGACGUCAAGAACGACUUUGCCUUCAUGCUGCACCUCAUUGACCAAUAUGACCCGCUCUACUCCAAGCGCUUCGCCGUCUUCCUGUCGGAGGUGAGUGAGAACAAGCUGCGGCAGCUGAACCUCAACAACGAGUGGACGCUGGACAAGCUCCGGCAGCGGCUCACCAAGAAUGCGCAGGACAAGCUGGAGCUGCACCUGUUCAUGCUCAGUGGCAUCCCUGACACUGUGUUUGACCUGGUGGAGUUGGAGGUCCUCAAGCUGGAGCUGAUCCCCGACGUGACCAUCCCGCCCAGCAUUGCCCAGCUCACGGGCCUCAAGGAGCUGUGGCUCUACCACACAGCGGCCAAGAUUGAAGCGCCCGCACUGGCCUUCCUGCGCGAGAACCUGCGGGCGCUGCACAUCAAGUUCACCGACAUCAAGGAGAUCCCGCUGUGGAUCUAUAGCCUGAAGACGCUGGAGGAGCUGCACCUGACGGGCAACCUGAGCGCGGAGAACAACCGCUACAUCGUCAUCGACGGGCUGCGGGAGCUCAAACGCCUCAAGGUGCUGCGGCUCAAGAGCAACCUGAGCAAGCUGCCACAGGUGGUCACAGAUGUGGGCGUGCACCUGCAGAAGCUGUCCAUCAACAAUGAGGGCACCAAGCUCAUCGUCCUCAACAGCCUCAAGAAGAUGGCGAACCUGACUGAGCUGGAGCUGAUCCGCUGCGACCUGGAGCGCAUCCCCCACUCCAUCUUCAGCCUCCACAACCUGCAGGAGAUUGACCUCAAGGACAACAACCUCAAGACCAUCGAGGAGAUCAUCAGCUUCCAGCACCUGCACCGCCUCACCUGCCUUAAGCUGUGGUACAACCACAUCGCCUACAUCCCCAUCCAGAUCGGCAACCUCACCAACCUGGAGCGCCUCUACCUGAACCGCAACAAGAUCGAGAAGAUCCCCACCCAGCUCUUCUACUGCCGCAAGCUGCGCUACCUGGACCUCAGUCACAACAACCUGACCUUCCUCCCCGCCGACAUUGGCCUCCUGCAGAACCUCCAGAACCUAGCCAUCACGGCCAACCGGAUCGAGACGCUCCCUCCGGAGCUCUUCCAGUGCCGGAAGCUGCGGGCCCUGCACCUGGGCAACAACGUGCUGCAGUCACUGCCCUCUAGGGUGGGCGAGCUGACCAACCUGACGCAGAUCGAGCUGCGGGGCAACCGGCUGGAGUGCCUGCCCGUGGAGCUGGGCGAGUGCCCACUGCUCAAGCGCAGCGGCUUGGUGGUGGAGGAGGACCUGUUCAACACACUGCCGCCUGAGGUGAAGGAGCGGCUGUGGAGGGCUGACAAGGAGCAGGCCUGAGCAAGGCCGGCCCAGCACAGCAAGCAGCAGGACCGCUGCCCAGUCCUCAGGCCCGGAGGGGCAGGCCUAGCUUCUCCCAGAACUCCCGGACAGCCAGGCCAGCCUCGCGGCUGGGCAGGAGCCUGGGGCCGCUUGUGAGUCAGGCCAGAGCGAGAGGACAGUAUCUGUGGGGCUGGCCCCUUUUCUCCCUCUGAGACUCACGCCCCCCAGGGCAAGUGCUUGUGGAGGAGAGCAAGUCUCAAGAGCGCAGUAUUUGGAUAAUCAGGGUCUCCUCCCUGGAGGCCAGCUCUGCCUCAGGGGCUGAGCUGCCACCAGAGGUCCUGGGACCCUCACUUUAGUUCUUGGUAUUUAUUUUUCUCCAUCUCCCACCUCCUUCAUCCAGAUAACUUAUACAUUCCCAAGAAAGUUCAGCCCAGAUGGAAGGUGUUCAGGGAAGGGUGGGCUGCCUUUUCCCCUUGUCCUUAUUUAGUGAUGCCGCCGGGCAUUUAACGCCCACCUGGACUUCAGCAGAGUGGUCCGGGGCGAACCAGCCAUGGGACGGUCACCCAGCAGUGCCGGGCUGGGCUCUGCGGUGCGGUCCAUGGGAGAGCAGGCCUCCAGCUGGAAAGGCCAGGCCUGGAGCUUGCCUCUUCAGUUUUUGUGGCAGUUUUAGUUUUUUGGUUUUUUUUUUUUAAUCAAAAAACAAUUUUUUUAAAAAAAAGCUUUGAAAAUGGAUGGUUUGGGUAUUAAAAAGAAAAAAAAAAACUUAAAAAAAAAAAGACACUAACGGCCAGUGAGUUGGAGUCUCAGGGCAGGGUGGCAGUUUCCCUUGAGCAAAGCAGCCAGACGUUGAACUGUGUUUCCUUUCCCUGGGCGCAGGGUGCAGGGUGUCUUCCGGAUCUGGUGUGACCUUGGUCCAGGAGUUCUAUUUGUUCCUGGGGAGGGAGGUUUUUUUGUUUGUUUUUUGGGUUUUUUUUGGUGUCUUGUUUUCUUUCUUCUCCAUGUGUCUUGGCAGGCACUCAUUUCUGUGGCUGUUGGCCAAAGGGAAUGUUCUGGAGCUGCCAAGGAGGGAGGAGACUCGGGUUGGCUAAUCCCCGGAUGAACGGUGCUCCAUUCCCACCUCCCCUCCUCGUGCCUGCCCUGCCUCUCCACGCACAGUGUUAAGGAGCCAAGAGGAGCCACUUCACCCAGACUUUAUUUCCCCACCUCCUGCGGCAUGGGUGUGCCCAGUGCCACCGCUGGCCUCCGCUGCUUCUCUCAGCCCUGUCGCCACCUGGUCCUUCAUGAAGAGCAGACACUUAGAGGCUGGUCGGGAAUGGGGAGGUCGCCCCUGGGAGGGCAGGCGUUGAUUCCAAGCCGGUUCCCAUCCCUGGCGCCUGGAGUGCACACAGCCCAGUCGGCACCUGGUGGCUGGAAGCCACCCUGCUUUAGAUCACUCGGGUCCCCACCUUAGAAGGGUCCCCGCCUUAGAUCAAUCACGUGGACACUAAGGCAAGUUUUAGCGUCUCUUGUCUUAAUGAUUAUGUCCAUCCGUCUGUCCGUCCAUUUGUGUUUUCUGCGUCGUGUCAUUGGAUAUAAUCCUCAGAAAUAAUGCACACUAGCCUCUGACAACCAUGAAGCAAAAAUCCGUUACAUGUGGGUCUGAACUUGUAGACUCGGUCACAGUAUCAAAUAAAAUCUAUAACAGAAA